AUGCAGACGCCACCAUUAGCAGAGCGCGUACGACAGCUCGAAGAGCAGAUGCGCAUCGUGAACAGCAAACUCAGCAUACCGCUGGCUGAUACGCCACCGAUGAACGAGGAUCCAGAGAUUCACUCGCCAGCGAAGUCGUUUCAAGGUGACUCUGGCUUCCAAGCACCGAUAGAGGCCUUCAACCAAAGCCUGCACCACGUCAGGCAGAAGAUGGGCAUUGCGAGAGUCGUUAGCCAAAGCCCAACAACUCCCACCAUAGGAUCGUCUUUGCGCCGAACAUGCAGCAACAGGCAGACUACGACCAUCAGAGUCGGUUCCAAGACACUACCAUUCCCAGUCGAGCAUGCCUACCAAGAAUAUCUGGACUUCUACUUUACAGACAUCAAUCCUUGCCAUCCUUGCAUAAGUGAGAACGAUUUUCGAGCGAAAAGUGCCGAGAUGCUGUCUCGUACAGAAAUACGACAGAGUGAGAAAUGCUUUCUAGCCGUUCACUACAUGAUUUUUGCCAUGGCCGAUAUGCUUCGCGAGGUCAGGCCGCCGGACCAGCGAGGUACAUCUCCGGGCUGGCAGUGGUACCAGCGGGCUGAAGAUCUCGUCGGACGACAAAAGUUCAUGGGUCAAGGUGAUCUCAGCUUGCUACAGUAUCUCAUUUUCGAAGCCUUCUACUUGAUGCACGAAGACCGACCCAACGGUGCUUACCUCAUAUCUGGAGUGAUGUGCCGCUUGUGCUUCCAGUUCGGACUGCAUCAACAGUCCCGAUGGGCUGAGCCGCAGAAUAGCUUCCAGCAGCAUCAGAAGCAACGUAUCUUCUGGACCGCUUACUUUCUUGAUCGCCGCAUUGCGUUGAGUUGUGGAAGGCCAUAUGGGAUGAACGACCGCGAUAUAGACACAGAUGAGCCGGCUUGGCUUGACGAUAAGGAAUUAUAUCCCGAUCGACCCUUGCCCGCGCCGCGACCAGAGGCAUCCCACUGCGUCUAUCUGGCUUGCAUGAUAGCCUUUGCGAGGUUUACCGGUCACAUCUGGGACAAGAUGUACGCAGCUAACACAACCAACGCCGCCGUGGACACCGAAGCCAUCACGAUACUCGAUGCACAAAUCAGACACUGGACGGAUACAGUGCUGCCAAAGACUCCGUUGGUACCAGCCACUCGUGAGCCCGAGAAACGACACUUGAGGCAGCAUCUGCUUGUGACUACUCGCUUUGCACAUUUGCGGCUCCUACUGCGGCGUAGACUCAUGACAAGCCUGACUUAUAGCUCACAAGAUGCUCAUAUCACUGGUCAGCUGGCAAGCGACAUCGUCUUACAGAUUGUUCCUUCGUCGGAUGAAGCGAACCAACCCAGCUCGUUCAGAUUCCACAUGACGGUCUCGCUAGGCAGUGCUGUCCUUAUCUUAGCGACUUUACUAUGCCGUCCACUUGAUGAGAUCCAGAUGCAAGACCAUUGUCCAGCGUAUAUCGAGCGCUUUCGACAGGCCUUGUAUAUUCUGCAGCAGCUGGGAUCCGGUCUACAAGCAGCUCGACGUGUUCUGGACGACCUAAAGGACAUCACGAACGUGGUCGUAGCCUUGAUCGAGCAACCCAGCCCAGCUCAACGAAGCCACCAGAUGGCACUUCCGCAGGAUGUCAACGCGUUGUUUCCGUACGGUGCCGUCGAUUUUGCUCAGCAGGCGGGCUAUGUGCAGGAAUUCUAUCCCGUGGCCGAAGACGUCGGAUAUGACUGGAAUACUUGGAAUGGCAUUGCAAGUCCCGCUCAUGGUCAGCACGGGUACGGGGCGCCUUGGCUCUGA